CACCCCAAACAAAACAUUUUAGCGGAGCUAGCGAGCUAAUUGUGCUAUUCUCAGAGGUAAAUAUUGUGUUCACAAUGGAUCAUUCUCUAAGUGAUGAGGAACAGCGGCAGUUGCUUGCAUGGGUAGAUAAAAUACCCUUUUCCAGGCCCAAAAGAAACAUCAUCAGGGACUUCAGUGAUGGAGUGAUGAUUGCGGAGAUAAUUCAGCAUUUUUCCCCAAAAUUUGUUGACCUCCACAACUAUAGCAGUUGCUGCAAAAUUCAGCAGAAACUUAGCAACUGGAGCCUUCUAAACAAGAGGGUGUUUCCCAAGUUGGACAUUUAUGUACCAGAGGAGACGGUAAAGAAGAUUGUUGUAAGCACCCCUGGAGUUAUAAUUCCUGUGCUGAACAUCCUCAAGAAGAAGAUAGAGGAGAAAAGGGAGCAAACAACCAACAACUCACCACAAUACUUUUACACCGGGAGCCAGGAGAAGCACCUUUCAGAUCUAGAAAUUCAACGGGCUGAAGCAAGAAUUGUGGCACAGCUGGAAGAGAUAAAGAUCCCAGAAUCAAAAUUAAAAGAGAAGAAUGUGACAUUUUACACAGAGAUGGACAGUAAAAUGAUGCUGCGGCAAGUCCUGAUGGAAAAAGAGCUUCAGAUCCAGGAUCUACAGGAAACUGUGAAGGUCCUGCAGGUGAAAGUGAGCAAGCUGGAAGACCUGGUUGCACUGAAGGACAGGCGCAUUGAACAGCUGACCUGUCUCCCCGAGGUGUACAAAACAAAACUACAGUUGGCUGAUUAAUAAAAAGAAAGACACCUCA